AUGCCUAAGGGUAGCGUAGCUCAUUUGAUUGAGAAAUAUGAAAAUAUUACUCGUAAUUCUCCAAGUACCAAAGUCAUAAAUUCUGUGAAGAAACCAAAUGAUUUAAAACCAAAUAAUACUCAUAAUACAAACAAUCAAAAUACUACGAAAACGAUUCUUUCCGAGUCGUUCAAAACUAGUGUGAAACAAUUUAAAAAUAUUGAGGAAUUUGAAAAUUCCAUACCAGAAUGGGAUGCUCACACUCCUGAGAAUUCUUUAAAUCCAGAUACUCCUUUAAAGAGCAAAUCUAGUAUUGCUGAUUUAAUAUGCGAAACUCCUGAGACUCCAUUAUCUGUUAAACAAGAUUUUCUUUUCUCUCCUAAAGAACAAGAAUUUUUCGAUUCUUAUGGUUCCGAAGGUGAAGAUGAUAUUGAUGAGAUUUGUGAACAAUUCCAAACUCCAUGCAAGACAAAUAGUAAUAAUACUUUAUUCCAGCUACAAACGAAUUCAUCCAGUACAGCUAAAUCUAACCUAACUCUAACAACAACAAAUUCUGCAUCUUCAAAACCUUUGAUGUUUUCAAACUCUGAUACUUUAAUUUCAUCUACUGAUGAACCAAUUUUGAAACCAGGCUUUUUAGAAUUCAAAAAUGCCUCUAAAGAAGUGGAAGAUCAAUUGAUUGAUUCAAUUGUUCAUGAUAUUAUUAAUGAUAGGUUGAUUUUAAAAGGAACUCAAAAUAAUAGAUUUCUAGACACUUAUAUACAUUUUUCUAAGGAAAAUCAUUUAAAAUUUACAUAUCGAUCAGGAUCAAUUGAUGAUAUUGAUAAAGAUGAUAUUUGGGAAGAAGAUAUUUGGAAAACCAACUCAUUUAACUCACAUAAAGAAAAAUUAACUUGCAUAUUAGAAACAAAAGAACCAAUAGAAGCAUCAGUAUACAUGUUGAAAGAUCAAGAUAAACUAUGGAAUAAUUUAUAUUCGUCUUUUGAUAUGUCCUUUUUAUUAAGACCAAAAAAUAAUAUAUUAUACGAAUUCCCGGAUUUAUUUAAGAUAACACAACAGAAAAAAUUUAAAAGUCCUGAAAAGCAGAUAAUAAUGGAUGUUGGGUGUGGUUUAGGUAAUGCAUUAUUACCAAUUUUAAGUUCAAAUAAAAAUCUAGAUUUACAAAUCUUUGGGAUUGAUAUUUCCGACAAAGCCAUUGAUAUAAUGCAAUCAUCAGAUCAUUUCAAACAUUUUACAAAUCUAACUUUAAAAUCUUUUGAUAUAACAACCUUUGAUAUAUCUGAAAAAUUACCCGAACUGAUACAACAGAAUUCAAUUGAUAUAAUAAUACUGACGUUUACUUUGAGUACUAUCCAUCCAAGUUUAUGGUCGCAAUUAUUAAAAAAUUUACAUUAUUUGUUAAAACCUUUUGGUAAAAUUCUAUUUAGAGAUCAUGCAUUUUAUGAUUUUAAUCAUGUUUACUUGGAUACUAUAAUAUCUGACAAUACAAACUUGCGUUCAUAUAUUAAAAAUGAUUUCACUCAAAGCUAUUAUUUUAAAGAGAGUGAAUUACAAUCACUUUUUGAAGCUAAUAACUUCUCAACUUGUAACAUAUCUAUUGAAACAAGAGAGUUUAAAAACAGUUUUUUAAUUGAUUUAGAUCCGUUGUAUAAACGUAAUAUCCAAGCCGUUUUUAUAUCGAAUCCAUUAUAG